UGAAAUUUUGUGAAUAUCAGUUGUCCGUGGCCCUAAGAAUCUUUGGCUCGCAGUUUUGGCAUCAGUUGCUUGCUGCUCCAGUGCCCGCCAUGCUCCGUGUGUGGCGCUACUUCCUUCUGGCUAUUGUCAGUGCGAUCAACAGUUGCCAGCCAGACCCUGAGCAAGAGACCCAUGAUGCAGCCAUUCUUUUGCAGUCGGCCAUGACACAAAAUGAUACCAUCAACACCACAGAUGGUUUCGUCUUCGAAGUUGCUGCCAUCUCGGCGAUGAUUGCCGCAGCCGUCAAACUAGCGGGAACGGUGCACUCGUCCCAUUCAUCAUCCUGGAAUAUGGCCAUGAAUGAUCCCAAUUUCUGGAGUUGGGGCGAGCAUGCUCGAGCAGACUUUGAGAGGCUUUUGCCAGCGACCGUUGAGCUUCAACGACAUGUGGGGAUGUUCACCAUUGGCUCACCAGGACCGUUUCGGCCUGCGCCCCGAAAUUUGCAGUCAGCAGACGGCUGCUUCAGAGGUAUUCGCCUGGCAGCAAAGGAGGCUUGGGCCCUCGGAUUCACGCCCAUACGACGCCGCGAUCCAGUACCAGCUGUGGCCGGGCUCAUGAAAUAUGAGCACCCCCCAAUGGACGUGAUGCUUCUCAACACGGGCACCAAGGGUGACAUUGAGAUGACUGAAAUGCAACCUUGCGGCCAUUGGGACUGGCGCACCACCGUUCCAGCAUAUGCUGGGGUCUCCGGUUCUUAUUUGCACAUAACAAAACACUACGCCAGGGGCCUAGAGAAUCUCAAAAACUGGGCCCACGAGUCUGAGAGGUGUGUGGAUGGGUGGCAUCGACCGUCCGAUUGUGCAACGCAAUGCGUUGAUGGUUGGACAGGAGACUAUUGCUACACCGCCGCCGGCAAAUCCUCCAAGUGCACAAAAUGUCGUGAUUCACCAGUGCGACUCAACACUGCAAAUCGGUGGCAAGCACUGGGGAAAAUAGCGAUUGAUGUCAGCUAUUUGGAUGCAUCAAGCCCACAUGACCGGCAAGCAGUAUCCCAACGAUUGCCUCAUGGCUAUCAUGUUGAGGGUUAUGCCCAUGCCAAAUCUUACACGACACUAGUUGCCUCGCAAUCAUCUUGGCUAUUGAAAAAUCAGGAAGGCAAUUGCGUGGUCACGUUUGCUGGAACAGAUUCCUGGGAAGAUUGGUUUCAAGACGCGCAAGUGAAUCCUACAGCUUUUUGUGGUUUCCUGGAUGAGAAGGACAAGGAGGGCUUGCAAAAUGGUCACACCUUCACAUUCUGGGGUUUCAAGUACCAUCUCUUGCGCAUGGUUGAGUCACCGGAAUUCCAGACCAACAUUCGUUCGAAACUCCAGCAUUGCACCUCAGUUGACGCUGUGGGCCAUUCUUUGGGAGGAGCAAUGGCAAUCCUUUUCUCGAUGUGCAUCCACAACGCCCCAAAGCCAGGUCAAGCUGGCUAUGCGGAUUAUGCUGCCAUGGGAUUCGCUUCGGGGUGAGACAUCAUCUCACAGGGUCCCGGAACUCAUCAUAGGCCAAAACACAGGUCUUCGCUGCAAAGACGGCGCGUAACUGUGACUGUGACGGCGCAGCGUAAUGAGAAACUAUAGAGCCAAAGCAGCCAAAGUGUCACCGGCCUUGGCCCUGACGAGCAGUUGCACUGCUUGUGUC